UCUUCCUCUUUUCAACGAGAAGACAAAGGAUUUAAACAUGGGGGGGUAUGAUGCAAUUUUAUCAUACUCUGCCACGUACUCAUUUCAGAAGGGUCCACCGAUGCCCAAAUUCCUUAUGCGGAUAAUAACACGUACACGUCACCCAGAUUAUGUGUGUCGUAUAAAUUAAAUACUCCAGUCGAGAUUUUCAGUUUUGAUACGAGUAUAGCUUCGAUUUUUAUGCAUUUUUACUUUUUAGAAUAGGACUGAAAUUUUCAUCGUUCGUUCUUGCAAAUAUAUAUUUUACAGUGUAAUUGAGGAUGCGGUGGCUAUUGCGGAAGAGAAACGGAGCACCGGUGAAUAGAUUUGGAGAUAAAUGGAAAUUAGGGCUUCUGGAAUGUAGUCGGACUGUGGUGACGAGCUGCAGAGCGGUACUAUUGCCCCGAUUCGGCGGGCCGGAGGUGCUGGAUCUCCGAGAUAAUGUUAAGGUGCCCGAUCUCAAAUCCAAUGAGGUCCUCGUUCGCGCUCGUGCUGUUUCCGUCAAUCCCCUCGAUACCAGAAUGCGAUCUGGUUAUGGUCGUUCGUUGUUUGAACCACUUCUGCCAUUGAUUUUGGGCCGUGAUAUAAGUGGUGAAGUUGCUGCUCUUGGAGGUUCUGUCCGCUCAUUCAGUGUUGGUCAGGAAGUGUUUGGUGCGCUGCAUCCAACUGCGGUGAGGGGUACUUAUACUGACUAUGCAGUACUUGCAGAAGAUGAACUAACUUCAAAGCCAGCAUCAAUUUCACACGUGGAAGCAAGUGCUAUUCCUUUUGCUGCCUUGACUGCUUGGCGUGCACUAAGAAGUACCGCAAGAAUUAAAAAGGGGCAACGAGUAUUAGUAGUGGGUGGUGGAGGAGCUGUAGGUUUUUCUGCAAUUCAGCUUGCUGUGGCUGCAGGGUGCCAUGUUUCAACCACAUGUGGAGGUGAAAGUGUAGAUCGUCUCUUGGCAGCUGGUGCUGAGCAGGCUGUGGACUAUACAACUGAGAAUUAUGAAGUAGCCAUAAAAGGAUAUUUUGAUGCUGUUUUGGACACAAUUGGUGUACCUGAGACAGAAAGAAUAGGCAUCAAUCUUUUGAAGAGAGGUGGACAUUACAUGACAUUGCAGGGGGAGGCUGCAUCCUUGACGGAUAAAUAUGGACUAGCAAUCGGCCUUCCGUUGGCAACUACUACUUUACUAAAGAAGCAAAUUCAAUAUCGGUAUUCUCAUGGAAUAGAAUAUUGGUGGACUUACAUGAGGGCUGAUGCUGAAGGCUUAGAUGAGAUUAGCCGUCUAGCCAAGGCUGGAAAGCUGAAAAUCCCAGUGGAGAGAACAUUUCCAAUUACACAAGUUCGAGAAGCUCAUGAGGCCAAGGAUAAGAGGCUGAUUCAAGGUAAAGUUGUGUUGGAUCUUGAUGAGCUCAAACCUACUGUCCAUGAACCGGUGCAAUAAGCUCGACUUGUGUUUCUGUAAAUUGGUGAGCCUUAAUUUCUACACGGAGAGUGGGUGUGGUGUGGAUAUGGCUAUGGCUCGCGGUCCUUGGAUGCAGAAUAAAAUAAAGACGGGGAAGAUGAGUAGCUGAGACCUUCUAAAGAUCAAAAUGUCGAUCUGUAAGUUCUUAGAGCAGUCUGAAUUUCGUAAUUAUUGAUGUUAUAAUAAUUUUAAUUUUGAUCUCUCUCACAAGGCAUAAAUGUAAAUUGAUAUAUUCGUACAGCGAAAAAUUGAGGAAGCACACCAGCCAAAAAAAGAGCAUUUGGGUCGCUUUUAUUUCAUGACAAAAUACAGAAUGAAAAUUGUUUGCUUUAGUAUUUAAA